GUGUGCGUCACUCCGCAGUCCGCCCUCCCGUUUCCUCGAUCCUCCCUCCCAGAGCUGCGGGGUUACCGGAAGUGAUGAUGCAGGAGGAGAUGGAGGAGGCGGGGCCUCCGGGCGACCGCCGCUGGUGGUGUUGCAGAUGAGGAGGAGGCGGCUGCGGUGUUGGAAGAGGAGGAGGCGGCGGCUGUGGUGUAGGGAACUGGAACGCGAGCGGAGAUGGUGCCCUUGGUUCUGCUCAGUAGGGUCAGAAUUCCUGCUAGUCCUGCAGACACCCAGCAUAUGCUGACCUGGUGACAGCCACAGUCACCAUAAUUAGUGAUUAGAUAUCACUCAAGAAAGUGGCUUCUAAGAGUAAAGUGGUUUGUUUCCUGUCGAUGGAAUGUUGAGGCACGCUGGCCAGCAUCAGAGAGGCUGUCCAAUCAGAAGGGGGCCGCUAUAAAGGCUGGGCCACCUGCACCAUGGGCCAGUGUGUCACCAAAUGCAAAAAUCCGUCUUCUACAUUAGGCAGCAAAAAUGGAGAUCGGGAUCCCAGUGGCAAAUCCCAUGGUAAGCGUAGUGGGAGCCAUCGAGAUGACCAUACACCAACUUGUGGGAAGCCUGGUGGUGACAUCCUUGUCAAUGGGACCAAAAAAGCAGAGGCAACCUCAGAAUCAUGUCAGUUUCCAACAUCAUCUGGAGAUGCCAGGAGGGAUCCUGAGUCCAACACUGAGGAGUCGUCCCUGCAGAGGAUGGAAGAACUGUUUAGACGUUACAAGGAUGAGCGGGAAGAGGCGAUUUUGGAGGAAGGCAUGGAGCGCUUCUGUAAUGAUCUAUGUGUUGAUCCCACAGAAUUUAAAGUGCUGGUCUUGGCUUGGAAAUUCCAGGCUGCUACUAUGUGCAAAUUCACAAGGAAGGAGUUUUUUGAAGGCUGCAAAGCCAUAAGUGCAGAUAGCAUCGAUGGGAUUUGUGCUCGGUUCCCCAGUCUCUUAAAUGAAGCCAAACAGGAAGAUAAGUUCAAGGAUCUUUAUCGAUUUACAUUUCAGUUUGGCCUGGACUCUGAAGAAGGGCAGAGGUCACUGCAUCGAGAAAUAGCCAUUGCCCUUUGGAAGCUCGUCUUUACCCAAAACAAUCCCCCUGUAUUGGACCAGUGGUUACACUUCCUAACAGAGAACCCCUCGGGAGUCAAAGGAAUCUCCCGAGACACAUGGAACAUGUUCCUAAACUUUACUCAGGUGAUCGGACCCGACCUCAGUAACUACAGUGAAGAUGAGGCCUGGCCUAGUCUCUUUGAUACCUUUGUGGAAUGGGAGAUGGAGCGAAGGAAAAAGGGAGAGGAGUCAAAAUGUCUGACAACUUCAGACACAGAGAGUCUGUGUCAAGAGGAGCAGACUUACCAGUAUGUAUGAGCAGCCGGGACAGAACCACCUGCUGUCUGUUGACCUUCAGCCAGUGGAGAACUGGGGACUUCUGGAAAUUACUGAGGAUCCGGAUAUUUUCUACUUUACACCUUUCUCUGCCUUGUAUUUGAAAGGGCUCUAAAAUGCUGUAUCAUGUUUUAGGCACUUUCUUCAUUUUUGGUUAUUCUUUUUAAACAUUUUUUUGGUCCUGAAAUAUUUGACCCUGGCUACAUGUUGUGUAAUUUUUUUUUAAAGCCUUCAGAUAGAAUGAGUCUGCCAUUUCUUGCACAAUUUAGAUUUUUUUGGGGGGUGGGAGGGUUAGGUUGAAUUAACAUUACAAAAUGAUACAGUGCCAGAUCUCAGUUUUGCAUACUACAUUUUUCAGGGCAGGUCUGUACUGUGUGUAGUGCUGUUUACAUGGUUGAAUUUAGGUUGUAAUAAUUAUUUUACAAGAUUUACACAGAGUUGAAUAGCAGUGUUAACUGUUAACCACUUUGCGUUAAUUUCCAGACAAUUUGAAGCUCUAAAAACAAAGGAAACGAUUUGCAGUCUGGUGAAAUCCUAUUUUAAGCUAAUUCAUUAGAAACCCUAAUUUUUUUCCCCCUGUUCAUUCCUUUCCUCUCCCAUUGCAUUACUUAGUUUAUUCAUCGACAUGCUGUGCCUGUCAUUCAAGUGAGCGGUUUCUAAUACAUUGUACUAAAAACCACUUAAGCGUCAAAUGCAGAGAAAGCAGUGCUACCUCAGUUUUGCUGGAAGUAGAUCUCUUUGAUAGUUUUCUGUCUUUGAUGAAGUUGAUGUAUUUUCAUGUUCUAAGUGGAAAUACUUUUUUUUUUAUUUGACUCGGAGCCAAAGGUUCUGUUCCCCAUGGUUGGCAAACUCUGUGCCCACUGGCCAACUAACUUGAAGGAAAACUGUGGUAUGGAGCUCUGCUUGAAUUUUUAUUUUGAUCUCUCAAGUAUCAUCAGCUUACUUGUCUGGCAAGUGCAGGAAGCCCGGGUUGGCCUCAAUGCUGCCAAACAAAUGUUUGAAAGUGUGUUUAAUGGUUAAACUCUUAUGCCCUCUCCCUUCUUGCUGCAGCAAUGUUGUCACCUGACCCAGUGAGUUAUUUAUUAUCUUUUUUUUUUUUUUUUUUUUUAAUGUUGGGCUCAUUUGGGGUGACGUGAUGACUGUUUAGGUUUACAUAAAUUUUCUCCUCCUCUGAAAUUUCUUAGGUUCGUUGCCUGUUUAAGCUGGUUUGUAAAAAGGGAAGCAGCCUUUAGGGUGCAGAGUGUGUUGGGGGAGGUGGGAAUGUGGAACGAAGGAGGCUUUUUAAAGGCUGUUGAAGGAGCCUUUGAAUUCUGAAAUCAGAAUCUGGACCAUUUUCAUAAAGAGGGGAUGGAUUCUUGUAGCUUUUUCCUUGCCCAGAACAUACUAGGUGAUCUUUAUAAUAUAUUUGGAUAAAUCUUAGAGUAACUGAUCUCCCAGACUGGGCCAUGAGGUCCAAACCUAAUCCCAGUGAAGGGAUUCUCUCUUAUAUUUUGAUUUUAAUAAAUUAGUUUGAUAAGGAAAAGAGGAUGGCACUGGGGACUUAACAAUCUGCUUCUGAUGCUUUUGAACUUAUACAAAGAGAAUCUGUCAAGUGAAAACUUUUUUAUGCCCUUUUAUAGUAAAAUUUGUUUAACAUUUAAGCCCAAUUUCUGCCCAUGGGCUGCAUGUCCUUUAGCUUGGGCAUGGUCUAGUCAUUUCUAGCUCUCACCCCCUUUACUAGAGAGCUUAAACUUACAGCUUUGCAGGAAUGAUGUUUUGUGGAGUUUCUGCAGUGAACGUUUUUCUAGUGAACUUAAAUCCAUUUUGUAUUGAAAUUUUUUAGAGCCUGGAACUUGACAAGUUUCCCUUUAAAAAAAAAAAAUAGGAGAGGAAAAAAAAAAUCUACAUUUUAAAACUACCACAAAGUGAAUAGGUCAUAUUGGGGGACUAAGACUGAAGGGAAUUUGGCCGAUUUCCCUGGAUUUGCCACAGCUGAAUCUUGUGGCUUUUUAUCUGAGGCUAGCUUCACUGAAGCCCCAGCAGAUUUGGUAGGUUUUAUUGCAAUUUUAAGACUGAAAAGUACUCCCUUUGCCUGAAAAUGCCAGAGUGAAGAUCAGAGGGCACUUCCCAUUUCAGUUUGUUUUAGAGUCUCUUUAAUUCUUGAAGUAGAAAUCUCAGGCAUUGUUUGGGCAGGCAGAGGGUCAUCACAUCCCACAAGCAGCUGUCCAAUUGAAAGGGGUGGUGGUGAGGGAAGCCAUAAGAGUCCUCUAGACCUUAGAGGGAUUGGAUUCCCUUCCUAGCCUGAAAAGAAGGCAUUCCGUAUAGAUGUACUGUAUUAUGGGUUUGUUUUUUGUUUAUUUUAAGUAAAAAAAAAAAUUUUCAGAGGAGCCAUUUUUAAAAAAAAAUAUUUUUAAUGAACCAUUCAUUAUAAAAAUGUAACACAAAAGCAGUUCAGAUUGCAAAUGAGCCAGAAAAUGGAGUGUUAAGUCAAGUACAUACUGUUCCUACCUCCCCAUUUUGUGUCCCUAUUGUACAGCAAGGAGUUAAGAUGUGUCUGUAUUAGCUCUGGGUUGAUUGUGGUCAUAAAGUUAAGCAUAGGCUUUUAUGUUAGGAUCCCUCCCCCUUGGGAGUGUGGGUUUGCUGUUCCUUCUUUUUGCAAAUGAAAAGUUCAUUGCUAUUAAUUCUGACAUGAAAAUGAGUUUCUCUAAUGGCCGAGUUGUGUUUCUGUGGAAUAAGUAAAAAAUACAGUAUAUAUGUGCACAACUUUGGGGCACUGCAAACACUGAGAUACCUUUUACUUUAAUAGCAACAGCCAGAAGUUAAUGGAAGACCAUGGUGUUUUGGAAGCCAUUAGGACCCUUUGAGUGUGGCUAAUUACAGCAAAUUAAUACAUGUUGGGAAAUUUGCUUUUGGCAAAUUGCUUAAAUCUAUCAGCUAGUGUUUCCUUAGUUUACUAGGACACUAGUAUGAGAGGAAGCUUUGGCAUUGAUUAUUUUUUCUCUUUUGUCCCUAAGAAGUGGGACACAAUUGGAAUACAUUGCUACCAUAAAAUAAUAUUCAUUUUAGGUCAACCAGCCUGGCUUUCCCAUCUUUCUCAUGAUGGUUUUGCCCAUGUGUAUGAGUUGAGACCAGGAACUCACACCUACUAAUUUUGAUAAAGGAACAUGUUUUAACUAUUAGUGAUCGGAAUGUGAAAUACUUGUGUUAGAAACAAACUGGAAUUAAGUGGAAAUACAAAUGUGCAACAUCCUUUGACCCAGAAAAGUCUUAUUGAGAAGUGCAGUAUUUUUAAUAUUACACUUACUUGGGAGAGGAACACUCUUACCUCCUUUAAAAAGGAAGGAUACAACUGUGCAGUAUUAGGCUAUCUCUGAAAUGUAGCUGACCUCCCAGGUGAUGGUGCCAAAAUUUGUUCCUGAGUACAGGGUGCUGGUAGGAGUGAGACCUGGCUAAUUUGUUUUCAUAGUCUUAUGUUGUAUAUCCAGUUUUCCUGAUAAAACAGCUGACUCUGAAUUAGUUACAGCAAAUAUGUCUACUGAGAGUUGUGACUAACCCCAAAAGCUUCUUUCUUGAGAACAGAACAAAUCCUGUAUUAUGAAGAAGAGCAGUGUCACUGAUUUGCCAUAUUUAAAGGUUGGGUGCAUAGAUCCAUGGUAUCACUGAUGAGUAGAAGAAUAGAGGACAACACAAAGAUAGACCCAUAUGUAAAAUAAAAGCUGGGAGCUGAUUUUUGAUCCGUUAUUUGCUUUGCUGUUUGUCCUAUUUCUUUUAUAAUUGGCAAGUAAUGUUUUGAAUUAGACUCAGUAUAGACAUAGGCCUUCCAUUAGGGGAGUUUGGCAGUAUCUUGACUGAAAAGGAUGAUGAGACUAGACUGCUGAAAUAUGCCCCUCUGAAUCCAUCUGAUCUCAACAAAGGAUUACUCAUUUUUAUCCAUCUUGUUUGUGGAGUCCAGAAGCUUUCCCACAGUUGAUCUUUCUUGUUACGCUGUAAUUGGAGCACUCAGUCAGUGGUUCUCAAGUUGGCCUGCCCUCUAGGGUUGCCUUUCUUUGAGGAAUAGCAGCUUUUGCUUUGAGUGUGUUUGGAACAAAACUUGAUGUUAGCAUAUCACUUGCUACAGAAAUGUAUGAACAGAAUUGAGGUAACCCUUGGGUUCUCUUUCUGAUCCAGAUGCUGGAGUAUCAUGGUCUUUUUUACAGGUCUGUCUCUGUUCCUUUGAAGCCCACCCUACAUUCCACAGGUAGUAUCCUUGCUCCUUUAUUUCCCUUCCCCCGAAGAUAAAACUCAUCAGAAAAGAAAAAAACCCACAAAACUUGGAAAUUUCCAAAGGAAACUACUUAGCAAUUGCUGCAGUUCAUUCUUGAUAAAUAAGAUUUUUUUUCUAUUUUUGAGAAAUUCCUUCCCAAAGCCAUUCCCAUUUUACCCACCCCUGCCCUGCCACACAAAUUCCUUGGGGGUCUAUAUGGUCACUCACUUCUUAACCUGUUGCACUAAUGGGCACAGUUUUGUUUCAAAGGGAAAUUUGAAGCAAUAGGCAACAGGGCUUGGACAAAUUAGUCCUGCAAACAACUUGCCUUAAUCUGUUGGGUUGAUUAGUUUAUCACUAAUGUUGUAAUCCUCCACCUUUAUGUAUUUUUAAUGGUUUUUUGAUAAGUGUAUCCUUUACUUCAAGGUUAUACAAACUGUUGAAAAGCUACCUUUUGUGUUUUCUGCAUUGUUGCACUCUUCAAAUGGCCCCUUUUUAAUAUGUUUGUUACCUUGUUACACACAUUUUGUCUUUGGUGUCUACACUAUUUUUUCCCCUUAAAUGUAUUUUAUUUGAAGGUUACCUGCUGUUGAAUUUAAUAAAUUUGUUUACUUGA